AUGGGGCUCACAGAUGAGCUUAGGUUGCGGAUCCACAGGGACUUAGGCUACAGAGCAGGGCAUGAAGUGCAUGCACUGGGGGCUGUUGCCUUAUUACACAGUAAAAUGAGUCUUGGGAAGAGAAAGUGGUUAAAAAGUAAAGAAAGUUAUCUGACCUUGAAUUGCUACAAAGAUCUUGGGAAUAGUAAGGCCCUGUCUAGGAAUGUUUCUCAGCUUCCCUAUGGCAAAGCCCUCUACACAUAUGAGGGAAAAGAGCCUGGUGACCUCAAGUUUAACAAGGGGGACAUCAUCAUACUGCGGCGGAAGGUGGACGAGAAUUGGUACCACGGGGAGCUCAAUGGGAACCAUGGCUUCUUCCCUGCCAGCUACAUCCAAUGUAUCAAGCCUCUCCCACAAGCUCCACCUCAGGGCAAAGCACUUUACGACUUUGAAAUAAAGGAUAAAGAUCAAGACAAGGAUUGCCUGACCUUCACCAAGGAUGAAAUUUUGACGGUCAUCAGGAGAGUGGAUGACAACUGGGCAGAAGGAAUGCUGGGUGACAAGAUUGGCAUUUUCCCUAUCCUCUAUGUUGAGCUGAAUGAAUCGGCCAAGCAGCUCAUCGAGAUGGACAAGACUUGCUUGGCUGCUGCCUCUGGCUGUGACAUGCCGCUGGCGACAGAGACGGCGGCAGUGGCGGCGGCGGCAGCGGUGGGUCUGGCGCCGUGCUCCACGUUGGCCGGUGCUGGGGCAGCUGGGGCAGCCCAGCGGCAGGUGGAAGGCAAGAAGAAUGCCAAGAAGCGCCACUCCUUCACUGCCCUCAGCAUGACACACAAGUCCUCCCAGGCUGCCAGCAACCGGCACUCCAUGGAGAUCAGCGCCCCCGUUCUCAUCAGCUCCAGCGACCCACGGGCAGCUGCCAGGAUCGGGGACCUCACCCACCUCUCCUCCAGUGCCCCAGCCCAGGAUUCCUCUUUGAUUGGAACAGCCACAGUGGCUGGUCCCAGGACAAGUGCAAUAAUUGGAGAUCAGGGAACACCACCGAAGGUCCAGCUCCCCCUCAAUAUCUACCUAGCCCUGUAUGCCUACAAGCCCCAGAAGAACGACGAACUGGAGCUCCGCAAAGGUGAGAUGUACCGGGUCAUCGAGAAGUGCCAGGACGGCUGGUUCAAGGGGACAUCUCUGAGGAGUGGGAUGUCCGGUGUCUUCCCAGGCAACUAUGUGACACCUGUCUCAAGGGUGCCAGUGGGAGCUGGGCAGCCCAGGAACAGCGGAGCUGGAGGAGUUCCAACAACAAAAGUAGCUCCAGGAGCCAUCCACCCCAUCGGGGCCAGUCACACCAAUGUCACCACAACUGUCAGACCAGUUGUUCCUAUCACCACUCCCCAGACGCAUCCCCAGCUGCAGGCAGCCUCUCCACAGCUGAAUAACUGCCUGCGGUACUCAGCUCAGCAGCCAGCCAGCCAGCCCCGCAACACCAUGCAGAUAGCCCACCCCACGGUGCCAGCCCCGGACCGACCCACCGCCACCGUGUCACCCCUGCGGACGCCCAGCUCGCCCUCCCGCCUGCCCGCAGCCGCCAUUCGGCCUCACCCCGCCGUGUCCCCCCAGCACGGCCACCAGCCGCCUGCACCAGGGGCCCGGCCCCUCAUCCCCCUCACCUCUGCCGCCGCCGCCAUCACCCCGCCCAACGUCAGCGCGGCCCACCUCAAUGGGGAGGUGGGCAGUGGGCCCCUGUGUGCCCCCGUCACCCCUGGACCUGCCAGCAAAGCUGAGGAGAGGAAGAACGAGAAGAAGGAGAAGAAGAGCGGGCUGUUGAAACUUCUAGCAGGAGCAUCAACAAAAAAGAAGUCGCGCUCCCCACCAUCUGUGUCCCCCACGCAUGACCCCCAGACAGCCAUCGAAGGAGUUCUGCAAGGGGCAGUGGGACCUGAGCUCUCCUCUCUCUCCAGUCAUGGCCGAGCUGGCUCAUGCCCUAUUGAGAGUGAAAUGCAAGGAGCUAUGGGAUUGGAGCCUCUGCACAGGAAAACAGGCUCCUUGGAUUUGAAUUUUUCCAUCCCUUCUCCUGCCAGGCCACCCCUCUCUUCCAUGGCAGCUAUUCGGCCAGAGCCCAAGCCUUUACCCCGGGAAAGGUACCGUGUUGUGGUCCCAUACCCACCACAGAGUGAGGCUGAGAUCGAACUGAAGGAAGGUGACAUUGUGUUUGUGCACAAGAAGCGGGAGGAUGGCUGGUACAAAGGGACGUUGCAGAGGAAUGGCAGGACGGGCCUCUUCCCCGGGAGCUUUGUCGAGAGCUUCUGAGGAUGAAUCGCCGCUCUCUCAACUGAGGAGCUUUCAGGGGAAACUGCAUAGCACAAGAAGAGACAGCAAAGAGAAACUGGACUGAUAACCACUGCCAUUUUUAUUUCCAAAGACUUCCCCCAGGCCCUUCAGUCUGCAGCUCUGGAGACACAGUGCCUGCUGUGCUCCCGAGACCGUGUGCGGUGCAUACAGUGGUAUGUUGAAGUAGUGCCUUCCACCUGGAAUCACAGACUGAAAGGACGCCCAUCUGGACUGUAGUAACCUAAACUCUGGCUGUUAACCCUUUGUGUAAAUUAUAGAGAAGAUAUCUUUAAAAAA